AUGGAGGAGGUAACAAAAGAAAAUCCACUCUCGAGAGUUAAUAAUGUUGUGCGGAAGCUUCCGUCUAAAGGGGGCAUUUUCUCUCGAGUCGCUCAAGUUCUUGAUUUCAGUAAACAUCAUUCGCGCCUAGGACCCAGUCCUGGCGAAUACCCCAGACUAGACCGUCCAACGCGUGUUUUUACUGAGCCAAAUUCACCAAAUACCAAUCCUUAUCCUACAAGUCACAAAAUUUGGGAACGAGUAUCAACACCGCCCAUAACUACACCAGAAAUAUCCGGCCAAAGGACUCCACGCUUUUUCCCUACCCAUAUUUGUGGCCCGAUGCACCGCAACAAUGUCUUUACUCGCUUUUCAUGUCCCCUCCCAAUCACAAGCGCAAGAAUAGAUAUAACGAUGGAUGCUAUAAACAUUUCUAGCGCGUGA